GUGCAAGUCGAGUCAUUCGGAGUAUUUAGCAACAACACAAAAGAAUCAGCCGACCACUACGAUGUCAUUCACACCCCGUCUCCUCCGCUCAGCCCGGCCUCUCCUCCGCCUACCUCCUCCUGGGACGACCACGACCCUGCUGCAACACCAUGCCCGAUCCCUCCCUCCCCUCACCCCCCAAACCCGCUCUUACGCAUCAUCCGGAGGUCUGACCAACCUCUUUGACGCAGAAAACAUGUCAGACCCUGCUCGUCCCCGACUCCAAGUCGCCAAACUCAAUCAUCAGGGCUUUCACCUCUCUGACGGCCUGAUCAUCCCCGGCGGGGUCAUCUUCCUGGACGAUCGUGCUUUUCUCUGGGACGUGGACCCGGUCGCUGUGGAAAAGGUCAGUGGAAGACCGGUCUGGAGAGAAUGGGGUGUCGAGAGGUUUAAGGUGUUCGAGACCGUCUUGCCCAGGCCUGAAAUCCUCCUCUUAGGAACAGGAUCGACCGUCCUCCCGCCUCCACCAGAACUCCGAUCGUACAUCUCUUCCCUAGGCAUCCAGUUGGACGUCAUGGACUCCCGAAACGCAUGUUCGACCUUCAACCUCUUAGCUGAAGAAGGACGGACGAUGGCGGCCGCGUUGAUGCCUCUCCGACCGAUCGAGCCGAGGACGGGUGAACGACGAUAGGAUCGUUCGGAUCAUCGCCAUGAUCCUCUCUGGUAUUAUUGAAUCUUUGGGAUUUGCCGGCCCGCCGCCAGACAGGAAGAAAAUUAUCGAAGUGGCGAGAGGAAUCACCACCGAUCGCACGUUAACAAGAACCACGACGAACCAUGAAAGAGCGGAGGACGAACAGGCCUCCUCAAGAUCAGCAUGUAUCGAUACUGUAGCUUCUCAACACCCUUUCCUCAGUGGAACCCAUCAUUGAACACAAAAGAAAAG